AGAAAACUACGGCAGUCGACAAGUUAUACUGAGCAUCAGUUAAACGUUUUUGCUAUUUGGCCUUUGCAAGACCAAGACUAAGCAACGAUGUUGUGGCCAAUGUAUGUCCUCGCCUUCGUCGGCGCCGCCGGCGUGAGCGCCUCCGAUGUCUUCCUGUACAGCCGGCACUCCUGCGACGACCUCGUCCCACGGCAUCCCCUGGCGAUAGAGAAGGCCGACACGAUGCUGACUAACCACGUGCAGCAGCCGACGCCGACGAAAAAGGCCGACACGGAAGACACCAACGCGACGACGACGUCCACCACCACCACGACCACCACGACCCAGCCUCCGCCCCCCGAAGCCACCGCGUACACUGGCAACGCUGAAAUCAAAGUCAUGACGAGUGAGGACUCUUACCGGCGGCUCAAGAGCCUUCGAGUCACCCUCCAGUCAAGCACGUACUUUAACGGCUUCAUGCUACAAGCCCGCAAAGUAGCCAAGGGCGCCGGUGGCAAGGUCGAAGUCGUGGGAAGAUUCCUGCAGAUGCACCACCGAGCCAAGUUCCUCUCCUGCCCCAACGGAUCGGCGCCGGAGAACACUGUCAUUCACGAAGACGCUCCGCUCAGGCUUGCCAACCUUACGUUCGUGUGGAUGGCGCCGGAAAUGGAUCUGGGCGAUAUUCAGUUCGUUGCCAGCAUUCUUCUGGAUGGCGGGAUGAAGUACAAGAUCUUUAGGUCGGAACCCCUCAAGCUUAACAUUUACCCUGUGUCGACCAAGGACUGCGCGGUGGUCAAGAGCUGCUUCCGCUACUGCACGGGCUACAGCGGGAGCAGCUGCCAGGCCCACACAGCGCGCUACACGGCUGCCAUGGAGUUCACGGCGGCCAAGACGAGGGUCAAGUUCACGCUGGGAGGUCAGCUGGCGAGCGAUGACGGCUACCUCGCCAUAGGCUUCAGCAGGGACGGCCACCAGAUGACCAACGCGGACAUCAGCGUGUGCUACAGGAGCGCCGAGGGAGAUGUAGGCGUCGAACACUAUCUCCUGGAUAACAUCGACUACAUGCCCGACUUGCAUCUGGCGGAAUUGCAGCUCGAAUCCUCUGACGUGGAUGGUGACUACGUGUGGUGCACCUUCAGCCGGCAAAUCAAGGGAAAGGAUAAUGCCGUUCUCGACCUUUCAGAGCCGACCUAUUACUUCUAUUUUUGGGGAAGAAGGAACGGCACUGCCAUCUACUUACCUGAGGCAAGAUACUUGAAGAGAUCAGACAUGAGGAUUAGCCUAGACGACGAACUCUUCAAUGAAAUCGUCUACGGGAACGCCCCUCGCCACGCCCCUUAUAUUUCUAUAGUUGCCGCUGCAAUACUGAUUGUCAGUCUGCAUUUUCUUUGGUGAAAGUUUAAGAGAACUGGAAACAGGUCAACAUUCACUAAAUUUGUCGUCGUUAUGUUAUAUAUGUUAUUACUAUGCUUUUCGCUAUUUAUUGUUUAUGUGUUUAUACUGGAUGGUUAGCACUGUCUACGAAAUCAUUCUACUUUUUAAUUCACCUUCAAGUCACUUCAGUAGAGAUAGAUAUAACAGACUGAUUUAGUGACUGUACAAGUUUCUGUAAGUUCUCACCUAAAGUUUUUAAUGCGAAUGUAGAUGUUUCGAUAAGUGUAUGUGCACAAC